CGCCAGAAUUUUCUAGGAAUUCCUUUCUUUGUUGUGUGCGCUGAUUACCUGGCAUGAAAGUAAGCCAUUUCAAAAUGGUGAACAUGGCGGAUGGGAAGGUUGAAAUCGUCGAGGGCUGCCAUGUCCCCGUAUUAUUACCUAAUGGAGAUGGGUGGCACUUGGCAGAGAUACUGAGCAUCAAAGAUAAUGGCAAACCGCUGUACUACAUACAUUAUGAAGACUAUAACAAACGUCUUGAUGAAUGGGUCCCAUUAGAGAGACUAGACCUAACAAGGCUAGAACAGCCUAAGAAAGAUGUGAAGACGCCAGUUAAGAAAGGGGAAACUACAGGUAAUAAUGCAGUUUCACGUGUUACCAAUGGUGGUUCUCGUCCAAGCAGUCCGGAGAGAGAAAUAUAUGAGAAUGGUUCAAUGCAAAGUCUUGGUCUCAGUAAUUCAGGAGCCAUGAAAGUUCACAUUGGUACCUGUGGUGCUCCAUUUGGUAACAGGAAACGAAAACUGGAUGAAGAUACUGAUUCCCAAGAUGCUCCUUUACAACCGAGACAAACUGGCAGCAUGGUUGCACAUCACGAUGAUAUAAUUACACGCAUGAAAAACAUAAACCUAAUUGAGUUUGGUCGGUGGCGAAUAAAACCGUGGUACUUUUCUCCAUAUCCUCAGGAGUUGACCUCAUUACCGAUAUUGUAUAUAUGUGAAUACUGUUUGAAAUAUCUCAAGAGUGCGAAAUGUUUGGAAAGACAUCUUGCUAAGUGCUUAUAUAAACAUCCUCCAGGAAAUGAGAUCUACAGAAAAGAUAAAAUCUCAGUUUUUGAAAUAGAUGGCAGAAAAAAUAAGCAAUACGCACAACACUUAUGUCUACUAGCCAAGCUGUUCCUCGACCACAAAACUUUGUACUUUGACACAGAUCCAUUUCUAUUUUAUUGCAUGUGUGAACAAGAUGUCAGAGGAUACCACUUAGUAGGAUUUUUCUCUAAGGAGAAAGAAUCAGCAGAAGACUUCAAUGUUGCUUGUAUAUUAACGUUACCUCCAUAUCAACGUAAAGGCUACGGGAAACUUUUAAUAGAAUUCAGCUAUGAGUUGUCAAAAGUUGAAGGGAAAACUGGAUCGCCAGAGAAACCAUUAUCUGACCUUGGUCUAUUGUCGUAUCGCAGCUACUGGUCUCAAACUAUAUUGGAAAUUUUACUUAAUCUCAAGCCAAAUGAAUCGGGAGAAAGACCUUGCAUCACAAUCAAUGAAAUCUCUGAACUGACAAGUAUCAAGAAAGACGAUGUGAUAUCAACCCUCCAACACUUGAAUCUCAUCAAUUAUUACAAAGGACAGUACAUCAUCACACUCUCAGAUGAACAAAUUCAAACACAGGAGAGAGCCAUGGCCAAGAGACCAAUACGUAUUGAUUCUAAAUGUUUACAUUGGCAGCCUAAAGACUGGAGCAAACGUGGAAAGUGGUAGUUUAGCUGUCAGUAGAAAACUGUUUUAGUAUACAUCAUUUUUCUAUAGAGCUUGAAAAAUUUUUAUGAUAGUACUUAUAGGUACCAAUCUCUAGAAAUAGCUCACUUAUUAUAAUUAGUUUGAUUGGCAUUUAGGCUUGGAUUAUUCAAGAAAAAGUCACUUUUUAAUGAAGUCAUUUUAAAAGAAACAUCAUAACUUUAACCACUAUUGUAUCUAUCAUUUUCAGUAUAUGUCUUUACUGCAUGCAAUGGAAGGAGAGCAUGUAUAGUUUCGACAGCAAUAUUUGAUAUGAAUAAAUGUUGUAUGUAUUUAGUGCUACUGUAAGCUUAUCUGUGUUAUAACAUGUAGUGUGAAAAGAAUUCAAUUAGCUUCACUUGACAGGAUAUGGUUUACACUCUAUAAAACAGAUUGUUCAAUUUUGUUUUAGAAAUUGAUUAUAGUCUGUCCUCUAAAGACUCAUGGAGUUUCUGUGUACAGUGUACAUUCUUGUGUAAAUAAAUAUUGGAUUUACAACUCAA